AUGUUAGAUUGCAGGCCAGCUGAUACACCAAUUGAACAGAAUCACCGGUUAGCGGAGUACCCUGACCAAGUCCCGACUGAUAGGGCGAGGUAUCAGAGGUUAGUUGGCAGAUUAAUUUAUUUGGGUCACACUAGACCUGAUUUGGCGUAUGCAGUAAGUGUGGUGAGCCAGUUCAUGCAUAACCCAAGUGAAGACCAUAUGGAUGCAGUCGUGCGAAUCCUGCGGUAUCUAAAUAGAGCUCCCGGGAAAGGCCUUAUGUUCUCAAAACAUCACUGCCUAGAGGUGAGUGGUUAUACUGAUGCUGAUUGGGCUGGUAAUAUUACUGAUAGGAGAUCGACCUCGGGUUACUUUACAUUUGUUGGAUGGAACCUUGUCACUUGGAAGAGUAAAAAACAAAAGGUGGUGGCAAGGUCGAGUGCUGAAGCCAAGUAUAGAGGUAUGGCACAUGGAGUAUGUGAGUUGUUAUGGUUACGUAAUUUAUUGCGUGAUUUGGGGUUCAAGCCAAAAAGAGCUAUGGAGUUGUUUUGUGAUAACAAAGCAGUUAUUGAAAUUUCACAUAACCCAGUGCAGCAUGAUCGUACGAAGCAUGUGGAAGUUGACCGGCACUUUAUCAAGGAGAAGUUGGAUGCAAACCUGAUUGCCUUCCCAUUCGUACCAACUGAGGAGCAGUUAGCAGAUGUUCUGACUAAGGGUGUGUCAGUCAAAGUAUUUCGUGACUCACUUGACAAGUUGGGCAUUCGAGAUGUGUAUGCUCCAACUUGAGGGGGAGUGUUGUGAGUCACAGAUAUUUUAGGAUUACUAUUAGGAAUAGAAUUAUACUAAUUGUAUAGAAUCAGGAUUGUAAUUGUGGUUUGAUUACUUUCCUUGUUAG